GCCGCUCCCCUGGGCACCCACCAACCCAGCCCCAUCGAAAGGAUAGACACGAAGUCCUACCUCUGGGCCAGAUACCACGAGAUGAAAAAGCUGGUUUACGAUCUCCUCCCGCCAGGGGUCUGCAAUCUUCUUAACCCAGCAGCCAUCUAUGCAAAUAAUGAGAUCAGCCUGGGAGAUGUGGAGAUCUACGGCUUUGAUUAUGAUUACACAUUAGCACAGUAUUCAAACCUCUUGCAUUCUAUGAUAUUCAACACUGCCAGAGACAUCCUAAUUGAGCAAUAUAAGUACCCAGAGGGACUCAGGAAAUAUGAAUAUAUUCCUGGAUUUGCCAUAAGAGGGCUUCACUAUGAUGUGCACAAGAGCCUUCUGAUGAAGAUUGAUGCUUUCCACUACGUUCAGUUGGGUACUGCAUAUCAAGGGCUGAAACCAGUGCCUGAUGACGAGGUUAUUGAGAUGUAUGGUGGAACCCAGCAUAUCCCACUAUACCAGAUGAGUGAUUUUUAUGGCAAGGGUCCAUCAAUUAAACAGUUUAUGGACAUCUUCUCCCUUCCUGAAAUGAAUCUGCUUUCAUCAGUGACUGACUAUUUCAUGACUCACAAUAUUGAGUAUGACCAAGUUCAUCUUUACAAGGAUAUAAGUGAUGCCAUUAAAGAUGUCCACGUGAAAGGAAUGAUGUACAAAUGGAUUGAAAAAGACAUGGAACAAUAUAUUCUUCAUGGCGAUGAAACCUACGCUGUCUUAAAUCGACUGGUUAACCACAACAAAAAGCUCUUUCUCAUUACAAACAGCCCCUUUAGCUUUGUUGAUAAAGGAAUGAAGCACAUGGUUGGCAAGAACUGGCGAGACCUUUUUGACAUGGUCAUUGUGCAAGCAGAUAAGCCUAAUUUCUUCACUGAUAGACGCAAACCUUUCAGAAAAAUGGAUGAAGAAGGCUCACUUCAUUGGGACAAAAUAAACAAAUUGGAAAAGGGGAAAAUCUAUAAACAGGGCAAUCUGUUUGAUUUUCUGCGGCUAACAGGCUGGCGUGGGUCCAAGGUCCUUUAUUUUGGUGACCAUUUGUACAGUGACCUUGCAGAUCUCAUGCUGCGUCAUGGUUGGAGGACAGGAGCCAUUGUUCCGGAAUUAGAAGCAGAAAUCCAGAUCAUUAAUACGGAACAAUACAUGCACUCUUUGACUUGGCAGCAGGCUCUUACAGGACUUCUAGAGAGAAUGCAGAUGUAUCAAGAUGCAGAAUCUAAGCAAGUGCUGCUAGAAUGGAUGAAAGAGCGACAGGAAAUUAGGUCCCUUGCAAAGAACCUGUUUAACCCUCAGUUUGGAAGCAUCUUUCGAACCUUCCAUAACCCAACCUACUUUUCUCGAAGACUGAUUCGCUUCUCUGACAUCUACAUGGCGUCCAUCAGUUGCCUGCUGAACUAUGAUACGAAUUUCACCUUUUACCCUCGUCGAACCCCGCUACAGCACGAAGCUCCCCUCUGGAUGGAUCAGCUCUGUACUGGUUGCAUGAAGACUGCAUUCUUAGAGGAAAUGGUACAUAUCCGGUGAAAGGGGCCAGGAUGUGUAUGUUAAAAGACAGCUGUGAUAUGGUGGUUGUGUAUGAAGGGCCCAGCUGUUAAGUAAUGGAUUGCAACUCCCAGCACGUCCUAAUAGAAGAUAUCUGAGAUGAAUGGUUGGAAAGGCUAUACAAAUUAUGUCUUUGAAAUGCUUCACUGAUAAGGAAUAAUCUAGGCUGGAUUAGAAUUAUUAUUACUUUUGAGUGAGCCUUGUGUUUUAUCCUUCUAAAGUAGUUCUUUCUACAUGGAGAUUCAGCUCAAAAUGUUCAGAUCUAGGCUUCAAGCUCUUGGGAAACAUAAAUACAAGCAACUGGUAUUUUCAGAACUUGUAUAUGUUACAAAGCUCUAUUUGGCCAUAUCUGCACAGGGACUGCACAUUUCAGAUGUUCUUUAGCUAGCAAAUGGAAUGGAUUGGAUCUAAAAUCAUUGCCUGGCCAGUGGAAGGAUGCUGCUUGCAGAAUGGGACUUCUCUGUCGUCUCCUCCCUCCAAAUCUGCUCUGGAGCAGGGCUGCAGAGGGGAGAGAUGGACAGGAAAGUCCCAUUCCGCAAGUGGUAUCCUUCCACUGGCAGGACAAGAGUUCUGGACUCAAUCCAAUAUAAAUUUGUUCACCCUUUAGCAGGAAUAUCUCCAGAGCUACGAUUGUCAACUAGGAUCAGUUUUGCUACAUUAACUAGAUUUGUUGUAAAAGUAAUAAAGUAUUUUUUCAAUCAACUCACAAUGAGCUUGAUAAACAAUUAGAUUAUAAAUUUGCAGGUGCUAACUUGUGUAUUUUUAAAGAACUGAACAUGAUACAAUAGAGAGCAAAUAUCUUUGUAUGU